AUGUCGUACUGUAUUUUGAAGAUGCCGUUGCUGGUUCCUCAGUUGAGACUAGUUCUAACCAAAGGUGCUCUAUGCUCGGCUAGAUCCAUUGGUACGUCUACUGCUGCUGCUACACUUAAGAAAUUUCCCGACUUGAGGCCUUCCGACCUUCUACCUAAUGGAAGGCCAGAUUACGUCAAGAUGAUCCUUACUUCUAGAGUUUACGAUGUCAUUGAUGAUUCUCCUCUUUCAUCUGCGCCACUCCUUUCGCAAAAGACUAAGUCCAAUGUUUAUUUGAAGAGAGAGGAUAUGUUACCAGUCUUUUCUUUCAAGCUUAGAGGUGCCUACAAUAUGAUCGCUAAUCUAAGUAAGGAAAGAAGAGAAAAAGGUGUCAUUGCAUGUUCUGCAGGUAAUCAUGCACAGGGUGUUGCUUAUUCUGCUAGACAGAUGGGUAUUCCAGCUACCAUUGUCAUGCCUGUGGCCACUCCUGCUAUUAAAUUUAAUAGCGUCAGCCGUAUGGGUGCCAGAGUCGUUCUUUUUGGUGAAGAUUUCGACGCCGCUAAGGAUGAAUGUGACCGUUUGGCAGAACAAGAAGGUCUUACCAAUAUUCCACCUUUCGAUCAUCCAUAUGUUAUUGCUGGUCAAGGUACCAUCGCUUUAGAAUUGCUCAGACAAGUUAAAGCCAAUAAGUUAAGUGCUGUCUUUGUUGCCGUUGGAGGUGGUGGUCUUAUUUCUGGUAUUGGCUCUUAUUUAAAGAGAUUGGCACCACAUGUCAAAGUUGUUGCCGUUGAAACUUUCGAUGCUGAUGCCAUGUAUCAGUCUUUGAAACUGAAUAGAAGGAUUACUUUGAACUCUGUUGGACUCUUCGCUGAUGGUACCGCUGUCAAGACUCUUGGUGAAGAAACUUUCAAAACUUGUCAAGAGUUUGGUGUCGAUGAAGUUGUCAGAGUUACCACCGAUGAAAUCAGUGCAGCCAUCAAGGAUGUGUUUGAAGACACUAGAUCUGUGAUGGAGCCUUCUGGUGCCAUGACUGUCGCUGGUAUGAAGAGAUACGUUGCCGAUCAUCCCGAGAUUGAUCACUCCGAUAAGACUUACGUGCCCGUGUUAAGUGGCGCCAAUAUGAACUUUGACAGAUUGAGAUUUGUUGCUGAAAGAGCCGUUCUUGGUGAAGGUCAGGAGGUUUUCCUCGGUGUUCAGAUCCCUGAUGAGCCUGGUACUUUCUUGAAGUUGCAGAAUAUCAUUGAUCCAAGAGCAGUCACCGAGUUUUCCUACAGAUACUCUGACGAGGCCAAGGUCACUGGUGUUGCAAAUAUCUACACCUCUUUCUCUGUGCAUAAUAGAGAGAAGGAGUUGCCACAAUUACUCAAAGAAAUCAGCGGUGCUGGUUUUGAAGCAUGGGAUCUCUCAGACAAUGAGUUGGCCAAAUCGCACGGUAGAUAUUUAUUGGGUGGUAAAUCCUAUGUUCCAAAUGAAAGAAUCGUUGCUUUUGAAUUCCCAGAGAGGCCUGGUGCCCUUACAAAGUUUUUGAACUUGUUGCAGACCAGGUGGAACUUGACCCUAUUCCAUUAUAGAAACCAUGGUGAUGAUAUUGGUAAGGUGUUGGCAGGUAUUUGUGUUCCUCCUGAGGAUAACGCCAAAUUUCAAGAUUUCUUACAGAAAUUGGGUUACAAGUACAGUGAGGAGUCAAGUAACAUUGCCUUCAAGUUGUUCUUGACAAAGACUAAUGAGUCUUCUCAAGAGAAUUAA